AUGGAUUUCACAGAAGAAAUAAUGACAGCUGUGGGGCAUAGCUUAGGCUGGUACUCGCUAGGAGGAGUUGUUGCAAUGUGUUCCUACUCUCUGCGGGGGAUAGCGGCCAUUCUCGGCUGUAAUAUUACAGUGUCACUCGUUAUUCUAUCACUGUCCUGGGACGAGAACUCUAUACAAGACACAAAACACUCUUCAGGUAGUCAGUGGCCGUUUUCAAAUAUAACCGUCCAUGGUGUCAGCUGUUCAAAGUUAAUGGCGGCUGAUGAAGGAGAACUGGACAGGGCUCAUUCCAUGAUGGCUGGUCACCCUGAGAUAUUCUCCUUCACCUCAACAGCAGUGUUCGCGGACGUCGCAGAGAGCUGUGCAGAGUUUGUUCGCCGCAGAUCUUAUAUCACUGACACCCUAACGAGCGAGGAGAAAGACUUUCCCAUCGCCUUCAGCCUUCUCGUGUACAAGGACAUUGUCCAAGUGGAGCGGCUACUCCGUGCCGUGUAUCGCCCGCAGAAUUUCUACUGUUUCCACGUGGACAAGAAAGCGAACCUGGACUUUAACAACCAUCUUGAGAAUAUAGUAUAUUGCUUUGAUAACGUCUUCAUUGCACCGACCUCAGUUGACGUGGAAUGGGGCGCUUUCAACGUCAUCGAAGCUGAACUGAUUUGCAUAAAGGAAUUACUGAAGUAUAGAUGGAAAUACUUCAUAAAUCUGACUGGUCAGGAAUUUCCGAUAAAAACAAACCUGCAGCUUGUAAAAAUCCUCAAAAGGUUUGAAGGUGCAAACGAUAUUCAAGGCUCCCUAAAGCGGAGGAAUAUCCAUCGUACCUUGUCCCGAGAGCCAGCCCCUCACGGCAUAACCCUAACAAAAGGCUCUGUCCACAUAGCGGCAGUUCGCGGAUUUGUGGAGUUCCUCACUAAUGACCAACGGGCCCAAGAUUUCCUCCUUUGGCUAAAUGGAACUUAUGUCCCAGAUGAGACCUUCUUUUCAUCACUCAACUACAGUCCCAAUCUGGCAGCCCCGGGUGGAUACAGAGGAAGCUUUGAGGAGAUGGAAAACAGACCGAGUAUGUCCCGAUACAAGCUAUGGUUCCCAUCACUCUGUCAUGGGAAAUGGCAAAGAGGCAUCUGUAUAUUUAACGUGGGAGAUCUUCAUUACAUGGCUGAGUCAAAUCAACUUUUCGCAAACAAGUUUGAACAAGAUUACGGACAAAUUGCCUACAGCUGCUUGGAAGAAUGGCAUCGGAAUCGAACAAGAGACGAAUAUUUUGGGCUCUAUGCAUUUGAUUCAGACAUUUACAGGACACUUUUAUAG